CAAUUAUCAAAUUUCUUAGUUAUCGCAACGCAAUGGGUGCCUAAGGAAUUUAACAGAAAACCUCGAGAUUUGCAGGAGUUAUGUCGUUGGAAAGGAACUGAAUUCCGUUUGUUUUUGUUGUAUCUCGGACCGAUUAUUUUGCAACAUUUUCUUCCUCGAAAGUAUUUAAUUCAUUUCAACACUCUACAUUGUGCCAUGAGAAUAUUGUGCCACUCUCAAGAUUGUUAUGAAAACAACGCUUACGCUAAAGAAUUGCUUAUUUAUUUCGUACAGCAAUUUAAAACAUUGUAUGGAGAACAAUAUGUCACAAGUAACUUUCAUUAUCUUAUUCAUUUAAAUGAAGAUGUAAAAAUGUAUGGACCAUUAGAUUCAUACAGUACUUUUGAUUUUGAAAAUCAUAUGCAAACUGUGAAGCGAAUGAUACGGAAACAUGCAAAUCCCUUACAACAAAUUCAUCGACGACUAUUUGAAAAGCAUCUCAAUCAACAUCUCCAAAACAAGAAUUUGGACAUUUUGCAGUACCCUCUACUGAAAUAUCCAAUUGUGUACAACUUCCCUUGGGUUGUCAUAGCGAACAUCGAAUUCUACAAUUCCGCAAUUUUCAAUUGUCGACUAAAAGGCUGGACAACUGUUGUUUCAUGAAUGAUGAAACUAUUGUGAUGAUCAAGCAUAUUGGAUUAAUAGAAAAUAGUAGAUUGUAGUUCUUGGAAGACAAUUUCUGAAUAAAUGCGACAUUUCUAAUUAUCCGUGCCCUUCCAGUUACUUACAAAUAUAUAAAGUCGAUAAUCUGUUACCUUUACGAUUGUGGUCCGCACAAUGCAUAAGUUGCAAAGGAUUUGUAAUAACACAUGAAAAUAACACAUAUGCUAUGGCUCUUUUACAAAAAUAACAAGAGGUGUUUGGAAAUAAAAUUUUCAGAUGCAGUACUUUGUAAUAAUUUUUAACGACUUUUGUAAUCUCGUACCAGCAAAUUGGGUGAAUAUAGAAUUGAAGAAAGUUUUUUGGCCUCCAAAGCACGUAAAAUUUAAUAAACACAAAAUGCAUCUGCUACAGCCAAAUAAUGAUGAUUGGCUUACAUAUGAUUAUCGUAAAUGUUUAGGACCUUUCGAGUCUCUUGAAAUAGCAAAUCAAGUUGAAGAAUAUUGCAUUAACGUCUCUACAAAUGAAGAUACUGAUGAAACAUGUAACAAAGCUCUUAAAAGUAACGUGGAAACAAAACGAAAGAGAAAAAGACCAAAACGUCUUUCCGAUACAGACGAAGACGAAGUGAUCAAAGAUAACUCUGAUACAGAUAAUAAUUCUACACGCUCAUUUAUAUUACCGCUAUCUGAUUAUCAGCUACAAAAUUUUAAUGAAUUUAUACCAGAAUCAAUCUCCAUGGGAAAUAAUAUGUUAGUAACAGAAGACUGCAACGAAAGUAAAAAUGAAAUAGAGGAAAAAUUCUCUUGUGAUUCAACAAGUGAACAUGAACAAGAAAAUACUGGAACAGCCACUACUACUACUACUACUUUACAAAAGCAAAGUAAAUUAUUAACAUAUUCAGGGAAGAAAACAUUUGUUGUAAAAGUCCCUAACGUUGAUGGGACACACAAUUUGCCUAGACCUUCAGAAAGGUGCACAACUGGAAAUACGACUUUAGAUAUUCAUUCCAACAAAAAUCGUCCGAUAAAUAAUGAUGAAGAACGCACACAAGAACGUAAUUAUAUACGUCGUAGAAAUGCAGAUGUGGAAAUUGUGAAUACACGUCGUAGAAAUGCAGAUGUGGAAAUUGUUAAUCCUGCCAGAAAUACGCAAAAUCGUCCGGGAAAUAAUGAUCGAGAACGCAUACAAGAACGCAAUCAUGCACUUUCAGAACCAAUGACGGAAGAGCGGUUUCUACCAUAUUUUAAGUGCCUGAAGAAUAAGAUGAACCAUCUUAUUAAUUUAAUGCGAGAUCGUGGUAUUGAAGUAGAAAAUGAAGAAAAUCUUUUACCUAACUUUCCUUUAAGAACUGUCCUAGAGUUAGAACAAUUUGAAAUGCAUCUUGUUAAGUCCUCCGAAAUACAAAAACAAUAUAUUCGCGAAAUACAAAUGAUCGGAGGAUCUGAUCCAGGCAAAUUUACUAGAGCUACAUUGCGUUUUUUAAUGUCGGAUAAGCUGGCUGUGCAGUAUUCCUGGUCUGGUCAAAGAAGAACUAUUCAAUUUAAAAGUACCCUAAUUUCUCAACUUAUUGUCGAAACCGUUUCGAAAGUGAAAAAUGCAUCUAGAAGCGACAUAGAAAUAUUUAUAAAGAAGUGGCUGCAGCACGCUAGCGACCGAAUAAAAAAUAAGAAAUAAAUUUUCAUAAUUCCAUAAUAUACACAUAUCUACUUUAGGCCUGAUUGAACCAACGUUAUUUUUAAGCGUUAUUUUAAGCUUUAAACGAGACUUUAAUGUAUUUUUAUUUAGAAAGAAAGAGGAAGAUUGAUACAUUAUAUAUAUUUAAUAUUAUAUAUUUAAGUCUCUUGUACGUAUGUAUGUGAACGUAUGAGAUACGAAUAUAUGUUUGGUGUAUAAUUUACGUCACCGCGCGAAAGCGAUUAAUAUAAUAUAUACAGACGA